AUGACGUCAAAAAGACGAGUAUUUCAAUGUUCAUGCUGUUCCCCAUCACUCGUACAUCUCCUAGUCAUCCUGGGUAGCUUCUACAUCUACUACAAAGAUCAACUAGCUGACACAGCUCCCUCGAUUCACACAACCACCUCUACGAAUACCAAAAUGGACGCAAUCCCCGUGUCGAACGAAGCAAAAGGCGAGCCGGAAUCGCUCACCAACAAAACGCUCGAGACCGGAGCGGCGAUGGUGCAGAGCUUCGAUCCUCCCAAGCGACUCUGUGCUCAUUUCAACGCCUUCCACGUCUACGUCAAUGAACCCAGCCGCGUCUCAGAAGCAAACCACUACUGUGCCCACGUCAACGACGAAGUCAGGCAAUGUCUCCUCUACGACUCGCCACUUCCGACAGCAAAGCUCAUUGGAGUCGAGUAUAUGGUCUCCGAACGCAUCUUCAACGAACUUGACCCCGGGGAGCAGAAACUCUGGCACUCGCACGUCUUUGAGGUCAAAUCAGGCAUGCUCAUUAUGCCCACGCCGCCAGGUGUCCCUCAGUCAGCAUGGGAGAUCGCCGAGAACAAGGAGAUGGAGCAGGUUGUGCAUCUUUAUGGCAAAGUGUAUAACCUGUGGCAAACCGAUCGUGGCGACAAGGUUCCGCUCGGACAGCCACAGCUGAUGACUAGUUUCACCGCCAAGGAUCAUUUCGACUUUGACAAGUACGUCGGUGAUCGUGACCGCCGAUUUGGUGUCGACAGCAAGCACAAGGCUGAGGUGCGGGCCUAUAUCGAGGAGCCCAAGACCCAUCCAAAUGCGGAUGCUCUAUGGAACGGCAAGGCAUAG